AUGCGGCAGCAAGCUGUAGAGGAAUCCUCACAAGUUCAAUCUACUAAUCUGCCCCACGAGCAGGGCACCCAAGGGGAUCGACCCUUGGGAACCAAGGAAGAAGUUAGCCAGUCACGCUCGAGGCACCGAAGACGUCGACCUGAGCGACCUUCCUUGCGAGCAGAAGAUGAUGAUCGACGCCCACCAACCCGCUCAAGGACCAACACGCGGCGACAAGUUGUAGAGGAAUCCUCACAAGCUCAAUCUCCUAAUUUGCCUCACGGGCAGAGCACCCAAGGGGAUCGACCAUUGGGAACCGAGGAAGAAGUUAGCCAGUGGCGCUCGAGGCAUCAAAGACACCGGCUCGAGACUCCAGCCCUGCGAGCAGAGGAUGUGGAGAAGCUAGCUGAGAAGGCUAACAUCAUAGGAUGCAAUGACCAAGUUACAUCCUCAGCUUUCAAGAAGGGUUUGCCAACCGAGCACGAGCUAUACUCGGAGCUGGCCGUAACUCCAAGUCAAACCUUGGCAGAAGUGUUCGCGACGGCAGAACGCUACGCACUUUGGGACGAUGAUCGUAUUGCCGCAAAGAAAGCCAGCGAGCAAGUUGAUCACUCGACGAAGCAGGCAAACCAAAAGAGCAACCAGUUUGAGCAAAAAGCCCGGGAUAAGCACAGAUUGCGACCCCAAGAGAGGGGCUCAGAAAUAGGGACCUUCAUUGACUUCACUAUCCCAAUUCACCAGAUCCUGGCUCAGGUGAAGGACAAGCCGUGGGUGAGGAGGCAAUCACCCAUGAAGAGAGACCCCUCUGAGAGGGACACCAGUAAAUACUGGGCAUUCUACGGAGAGCACGGUCAUUACACCAACAACUGCAACACUUGGAAAAGGCACCUUGAGGAGCUGAUCGAGGAUCGUGAUGCGGCUGCCAAGGAACCUCCCAAAAAGGUCAUUAGAAUCAACACCAUUCUAGCUGACUCCCAGGAGUCCGGGCUGACCACCAAGGAACGCAAGAGGAAGAUCGCGCAGGCGACUUAUAUCUCCCAAGUCACAACAGGAGUACCAGUCAUUGUGGAUACACCCAUAAUUGGUUUCCAGAAGAAAGACUUGAUCGGGCUUGACCUGCCGUAUAAUGACGCCCUAGUCAUCCGCAUCCAGAUUGAACAAGCUGUGAUCGAGCGAGAUCAUAUGGAUGAGGGCAGCGCAGCCAACAUCCUGCAACUAUCUGUCAUCCAACAGAUAGGAUUGGAGCUCAAGAUUAGCAAACUUUCCAGGUCGCUCACCGGCUUUAAUAGGGCCACAUCAAUCACUGUUGGAACGAUUGACCUUGAUGUCCACUCACCCCUAGUGGUCUGCUCGCAAACCUUCAUGGUCAUCGACGAGAUCUCCCAUUACAAUGGAAUCUUGGGCUGA